AAUAAACUCAAGGUUUAAGUUACUCAGAAAAAAAAUAAAAGGAGCCAACCAACUUCCUACAAUAUUAUGACCUACCAAAAGGCAGAUCCAGUUCUUGUUCGUUUGGACGAUUUGAGAUCGGGAAAUGUUGAUCUUAAGCGCCUCGAGAAGGCAUUUGGUCCCGAGUCCUUAGGAAUAAUCGUUGUUAGCGGUCUUCCAGAGAAGUUUAUAGGGUUACGCCAAAGGCUUCUAUCGUUUGCCUCACAUUUGGGAAAUCUUUCACAGUUGGAUGGUAGUCAUGCGGAAAAGAGAAGCUAUCAAAUGAUAAAGGAGGGAUUGUUAGUGGGGUUCAAGGAAACCUUCGAGGAAUUCUGUGUAAUGGUUAUUGAUAUCGCUGGCCUAGUUGCUAGGGCAUGUGAUAGAUAUGCAUUAAAGCACAUCUCCGGUUACCAGGAGGGAUAUCUUGAGCACGUAGUCAAGACUUCCACUUCUACCAAAGCCCGCCUUCUUCAUUACUUCCCGCCUCCAGCUCUCGAGACUGGCUCCAUCGAAACCGAGGAAGACCUCGACAAUUGGUGUGGGACACAUCUUGAUCAUGGCUGCCUGACAGGUCUAACUUCUGCCAUGUACGUGGACGAAGGCUCCCUAACUCUUGAUAUCUCUAGAGGCGUAGAUCUCCCGGAGCUUGAGUCGGCACCGGAUCCAGAUGCCGGUCUUUACAUAAAAGAUCGUAAAGGUGGUGUCGCUAAAGUUGGUAUUCCAAGGGACUGUCUUGCUUUUCAAACCGGAGAAGCACUGGAGGUUAUAACCAAGGGCAAGUUGAAGGCUGUUCCACAUUUUGUGAGAGGUUGCAGAGCUGGCAAAGCGGCAGGUGUCAGUAGGAACACUAUCGCAGUUUUUACGCAGCCCAAUCUCUGGGAGAAAGUUGAUGGGGAUAGAGAUUUUGCUACAUUUGCGAAGGAGAUUGUGGCUAAAAACACUGAGGGAUAA